UACCAGCCACCACCACCAGCACAGUGCACAACCUCACACGCUCUACAAACAUCCACUAGUCAUGCCUCUCCAAAGGUGCCCACAAGUGCACAAAGGUGCAAAAAAGUGUAUAUUAGUGUGCUUGCUCAUGUGCACACUCACGCUGGUGCACAUAGCUGUCUUACACACAAGAAAUUACGCUGAAACAAAUGAACAAGACCAGAAGAUAGUGAUAGAUGGUGGUAGUAGUGGUGGUGGAGUUACAGGUGGUGCUGGUGGAGUUACAGGUGGUGGUGGUGAUGUUAUAGGUGGUGGUGGUGCUGCAGGUGGUGGUGGUACUACAGGUGGUUCUGGUGGUGCUACAGGUGGAGCCGUUGGUGCUACAGGUGGUUCUGGUGGUGCUACAGGUGGUGGUGCUACAGGUGGUGGUGCUACAGGUGGUGGUGGUGGUACAAACACCACCAAACACACACAACUACCCAGAAAGAAACACGUUAAACACCCAGGACAGUACCAGGAAGAUCGACUCUUCAAUACUAACAUCAACUGGACUCAGGAGCAGAAGAAGAAAGUAGGUGCUGUGCUAGGUAAUAGGAGUGAGCAGGUGCUCCUUAGGUGCUCCGAACUGGAAGGCACAUACGGACGUCCUCUGGAACCUAACCUGGCACCUGUCUAUUAUAAUCUACUGUGGGUACCUAAGUACAACCUGCUGUGGUGUCCUAUCUUCAAGAGGAAAUAA